UCAUGUUCUCCGCCGUGAGAACCUGAAAUCUCACAUACUAGGCUAUUUUGACUGCGUAAUGUAGUGUGUUGGAGAUACUCAUUUCUUUUAUAAUGUUGGCUACGUGUGAUUGCUUUUCGAUUACAAAUGUGAAAUCUGUUGGCGGGAAACAGUAUUCCUUGUAAAAUGUCAAUUCAUAUAAAUCGUAAUGCUAGUUUGGAUGGAAAGGAAGGAGUAAUAAAUAAUUCCAUACAUUAUAUGCCAUGUCAAAUACAUAGUGAUGGUGAAGCCAAUGUUUCAAAGUACUUCAAACCAUGUAUCAGCAAGCAAGACGGAAAUGACGAUGUGCUCUGCUCAUCUUUCCGAGGGUACCCUUUGAUGGGAAAAAUUGUUCCUUUGCCAAAUGGCUAUAGAGGCAUUGUUGCACAAGAAACUGUUAAGCCAAUGACCGAAGGAGCAGAGAGGAGUAUUCACGUGACACACACCUUCAAAUCAUUUACAUAUUGGAAUUGGGAUAAGCCUCCAUCUCUAAAUGAUGCUCUUCUUUCAGCUUUGGAUUGGAUUGAUGUUUCUGAAGUGCUUCAUUCAACAACAGAUGCCAGUUGAAUAGCUGAUAUUGAACUUACCAUAAAUGGUGGUAACUCUGGUCUGGUGUUAACUUCAGGGAUUUAUUAUACUGGAAUUUACCUUUAAGAUUUUUACUUCCAACAUAAGUCUGUUUUGGAUAUAAUAUUAAUAUGUUUUGAAGAUAGUAAAUUAGAUUGUGAAUACUCGUGAGGGAGAUUUUAACUCCAAACUGCAGUGAAAUGUUACCAUGUAGUGGAUGAAAUAUGAGAUUAUAUUGUGCAUUGCAUCUGAUUUGAGUCA